AUGAAAAAAGACGCCGAUAGACCAAUCCGCGUCGGCGUCGUCGGCGCCGGCGUCGUCGGCCUCACCCUCACCGCCGGGCUCCUCUCCCACGGCGUCGACGCCGUCCUGUACGAGCAAGCCAGCGUGCUGCGCGAGAUCGGCACUGGCAUUGGCCUCCUUCCCACCGCCAUCGCCGCCCUCGAAGCGCUCAGCCCGGCUGUGGCCGCCGGCGUGCGAGGCGUGUGCUUCCGCUCCCCUUACUUCCUCGGGCUCGUCGACGGCGCCACCGACGAGGACCUGUCCCUGAGGACGGAGGGCAAGGGUCUGUAUGACCUCGUCUUGCCGGACGAGCAGGGGCGGAACCUAUACACGACGGCGAGGGCGACGCUGGUGACGGAGCUGCUGCGGCACGUGCCGGCGGAGAGGCUGGAGCUGGGCAAGAAGGUGGUAGACAUUGUGGAAGGGUCGGACGGCGACCCGGUGACCUUGGUUUUUGCUGACCGCACCACCGCAGAGGCAGAUGUCGUUGUCGGUUGCGACGGCGUCAAGUCGCGCGUGCGCCGUGCUAUGCUCGGCGACGACCACCCUGCCGCCUCGUGCCAGUACGCCCACGAAGUCUGCUACCGCGCGCUCGUCGACGGCCCGUCUCUGCGUGCCGUCCUCGGCCCGCUCGCCGACCGCACCGCGCUGUACCUCGGCCCCGGUGCCUACCUCAUCGUCUACCCCGUCGGCUCCCGCGCCAACAUCUCCCUGUACGUUGACGACCCUGGCCCGCCACCGCCACCCGACCGGAGCCACGGCCGCUCGGCUCCGCGCGCUGAAGCCGUCGCCGCGCUGGCCCGCCUCGGCCCGAGCUUGCGUGCGCUCGCCGCGCUGCUUCCGGAGGAGGUUGGCGCGUGGGCGCUGCACGACCUGCACGAGCACCCGCUGCGGACGUACGUCCUCGGACGCGGCGGGGCGGUGUGCGUGGCGGGCGAUGCGGCGCACGCGGCGACCUCGCACCACGGCGCGGGCGCAGGGGUGGGCGUCGAGGACGCGGCCGUGCUGUGCGAGCUGCUGGCGCGCGUCGCGGUGCUUCCACGGGGUCGCAGGGCGGAGGCGGUGCGCGUGGCGCUUGGGUUGUACGAUGGCGCGAGACGCGAGAGAUCGCAGUGGCUCGUCUGGAGCAGCCGGCGGCAGGGCCAGCUGAUGAAGUACACGGUACCGGAAAUCGGCGCGGACAUGGCCAAGAUCGGGGAGGACCUGCGCGGGCGCGGCCGGACGCUGCUGACGUGGGACGUGGAUGUGGUGUUGGCGGAGACGCUGAGGAAGCUGGAUGCGCGGAUUGCGGCGAUGGGAAAUCGGGGCGAGGCAGGGGACUUUGAGGAGGAACAUUCGAAGCUGUAA